CCAAGUGAACCCACAAGUUAAACUCGAGAGAACGCAUUGCGCCGCGCUUCGCCAUUGGCUUGCGGACACAACGUGAAAUAUUCAAUGAGCCGCCAUAUUAGGAAGCCAACCCCUUCUUUCAUUCGGAUAAGAAAAGACGGGACACACUUCCAGGUUGUUGUUAAACGCCUCAUUCGAAGUCGUUGACCCCGCACGCUCCGCAUCUCGCUUUAGUUCGGUCACCGUCUCUAAUACGGGUUAUUUAGCUAGUCUUCUAACAAUGGCGACCGCGGCUGCGACUCCGACCGGUCAGAGAAGCACGUGCGGCAGCGGCACUCCGCUGAGCCCGACCAGGAUAACCCGCCUGCAGGAGAAACAACAGCUCCGGGACCUCAACGACCGCCUAGCCGUUUACAUCGACAAAGUCCGGAGCUUGGAGUCUGAAAACGAUGUCCUCCACCUGCAAAUCAACGAGAAGGAAAACGUGAGGAGCCGGGAGGUGACCGGACUGAAAGCCCUAUACGAGACGGAGCUAGCCGACGCCAGGCAGUGUUUGGACGAGUCCUCCAAGGAGCGGGCCUGGCUGCAGAUCGAGCUGGGGAAGGUCCAAUCCGAGCACGAGCAGCUUCAGCAGAACUACAACAAGAAGGACUCUGAGGCAGCAGGAGUGCAGGCUAGGCUGAAGGACCUGGAUGCUCAGCUGAACUCUAAAGAGGCCAUGCUGGCUACGGCGCUGUCUGAGAAUAGAGGCCUGCAGGCCACGCUGGCCGACCUGCGAGAACAGCUGCAGGAGCUGGAUUCAAGUCUGGCUCAGGCCAAGAAGCACCUGGCAGAUGAGAUGCUGCUGCGCGUCGACUUGGGAAACCGCUACCAGAGUCUGACCGAGGAAAUUAUCUUCCGUAAGAGCAUGCUAGAAGAGGAAGUAAAGGAGACCCGGCAGCGGUUUGAGACCCAGCUGGUGGAGGUGGACUCUGGCCGGAAGGUGGAGUAUGAAUACAAACUGACUCAGGCCUUGACUGAGAUGAGGGCUCAGAAUGAGGAGCAGAUCGGCCUCUACAAGGACAACAUGGAGAGCACCUACAUCACCAAGGUAGAGGACCUGCAUAAGCUGUCUGAGAUGAACGGAGCGUCGGCCAGCAUGGCCCGAGAGGAGCUCAGGGAGUCCGGCAUGAGGAUCGAGAGCCUCACCGCCCAGCUCGCAGGAAUGCAGAAGGAGACUCGUGGUUGGCGCGAACGUAUCGUGGAGCUGGAGGCGGCGAUGGCUCAGGAGAAAGACAAGAGCCGCAAGCUGCUGGCAGAGAAAGACCGCGACUUGGCUGAGAUCCGGGCCAAGAUGCAGCAGCAGCUGAACGACUAUGUGCAGCUGCUGGACGUCAAACUGGCGCUGGACAUGGAGAUCAACGCCUACCGCAAACUUCUGGAGGGGGAGGAAGAACGACUGAAGCUGUCUCCCAGUCCUUCCGCCCACGUCACGGUGUCUCGAGCCUCGUCCAGCAGCCGCAGCGUGCAGACCACUAAGGGGAAGAGGAAGCGCUUGGAGGUGGAGGAACAGGAAGCCAGCAGCUCGGUGUCCAUUGUACACUCCGCCUCGGCCUUGGGACCCGUCUGCGUCGACGAGAUCGACACCGACGGCAAGUUCAUCUGCCUCCACAACAAUGGAGACGAGGACCAGGCAAUGGUUGGUUAUGAGAUGAUUAAGACGAUUGGAAAUUCCACAGCCACCUACAAGUUCACACCCAAAUAUGUCCUGAAGGCGGGCCAGAAAGUCACGGUUUGGGCGUCUGAUGCCGGUGUGAGCUCCAAACCUCCUACAGACCUGGUGUGGAAGAACCAUUCCUCCUGGGGUUCAGGGGUGGAUGUCCAGGUGGGGCUGAUCAACCCUCAGGGAGAGGAUGUGGCAAAGAGAACCACAACAUACCAGACAGCAAUAGAGGAGGAGGACGAGGAGGAGGAUGAUAAUGGAGUGGAGGCCACUGAUGAAGACCUCUUCCGCCAGCAGGGAGACCCUCGCACCGCAAAGAGAGGCUGCUCCAUCAUGUGAUCCCACUGCACCAACCAGCCACCUCCUCUGAGCCCAGCCAGUCUGCUGCCAACUCUAAUACUAGAACUAUUUUUCUAUCUUUUAUAGCGUAUUCCAAUAAAGAAAUGGUUUUAUUUCUCUUAUUGAAAAUAUUCAAAACUGCUUUUGGUAGAUGUAUUUUCACCUGAAUAAAUAACGUGGGGAUGGAACACAGUUUUUGUAUUUGUAGUUCAGGUUUUGUUUUUUUCAACCAUGCUCCAAGUAGCUGAACUCAAGGACCGACUUGUGUCUUUUUAAGAAAACGAGUAUGUGAAUUUUGUUUUAUAUUUUAUCUUAUUAUAUUAUUGAUGCAAGAAAAGCUUCAGGAUGUUGGAGACUCGAUUAGGACAGGGGCUGACUAAAUUCCACUCUCCUGACUAUAAAUCCUAGUGUAUUUAAAAAAGAAAGAAAGAAGUUGACUAAGCACUGAAAGUACAAGUGUCAGGAAAAAAUACAUUAGAAUUGGACAAUAUGUAAUCGGUUUAUUGACAUUCUUUUAAUAUUGUUAGACAAAAGAGAUGAAAUAGUGUGAUGGUUUGAUUGUAUUCAUAAGAGUAAGUCCCGGGACAGUUUGCUUGCAGCUGACGCCCCUUAAAGCCCCCGUGGGGAAGAGGAUUAACCGGUAGUUGGGUUCUAAUCACAGGGGCUGUGGUGGGAAGUCGUGCAGCAAGCGGUGAGUUUCACUCCCCUGACUGAGUCAGGGUUGCACCACUAAUUGAGAAGUGUUGAUUGUAUUCUUUUCUUUUGAUAUUUGAAGUGUGUGAAGUACUUUGUGUGUUGUGUUACUAUGCAUGCUAUGGCUGUAAUCAUCUUAGUUGAAUGAUUAAACAAGUUUUUCGUG